AUGUUACAGGGUAAGGAUCCAACUGAUAAGAAUGAGACGAUAUUGAGAAAAGUAAAAUCCAAAGGUGCUAAAGGUUACACAGAUUUUAAAGAGCGUCUGAGAAAGACCUGGCAGACUGAACUAUUAGAGCUUAUAGUUUGCGCAGAAAAUGGACAGGACACAACAGAGAUAGAGAGUAAACUUAAGAAAACCGCAGUGUUAAGUCCAGAGUAUAUAAAACACAGAGGUGAAGUAAAAGAUGGCCUCUUUGAAUUCUACAAAACAAGACACAGUAAAAUUUUCCUGUCGCCUCUUUUUGAUGAAAAAGACACUCCGUUGGCUUCUUUCUAUAUCAGACCGGAACUGAGCUCAAUAGUCUCAAAAUCGACGAGAAAUGAUGAAAAUAUACCAGUUAAAUCAUUAUCGGAGUUGUUCAAAACUAAAACUAUAGAAAAUCGAGAAAUAUAUGUACUUGCUGAUGCAGGACUCGGAAAAACCGCAUUUUCAAAGUAUUUGGCUAACGUGUGGUGUCAAGCUCAUUGCCCGGAUGAAGACUUAAAUGAACUUUUGUUAAAGGAUGAUGUAGACUGUAUGCAAGAAUUUGAUUUCUUAUUCCUAGUCUUUUUGCGAGAUUCGGACGAUUUGUGCUCUAUAGAUGAGCUCAUAUUUGAAAAGAUUGUUUCAAAUUUGGGUCUUGAAGAAACGCUUUCCAAAGAUAUCCUGCUUAAAAUUUUAAAGAUUGAGAAAUGCUUAAUCAUACUUGAUGGACUGGAUGAAUGGACUCACCCCGAAAAGAAAUGUUACAGAUCGCCCCGAUCGAUCCCUCACAGGAAUGACCAAAAACAGUGUACAAUACUGACCACUACGAGACCAUGGAAAUUAGGAGUUUUGAAUCUUAAUUCAUGCCAAAUAGGAAAAACGGUAGAAAUUACACAAUUAAGUAACGACUCGGUCGUCAUGCUUAUAAGACGGAUAUUACAAAGAUUGAAAUCUCACAAGAAUAAGGACUUAUUAGACAGUGACGUCAGACAGUUCAUACAAACAAUCAAUAGGAGACAAAUCGCCGAGCUUGCUUUUGUGCCUCUUCUUUUAAUAUAUACUAUUUGUUUAUGGUGUGACGGUAUUCAAAUAGGAAAUUCAAAAUGUGAUCUGUAUAUAAAUAUAGUCGAGCUUCUUUUUUCGCGUGCGAUUCUGGUCCACGGGGAGCUUCAGCAAUCGUGGGAACUUUCUUCAAUUGACAUCCCAGAAUGCUUAGCUAAUUAUGAUAAUUGUAAGAAAUACUACCCACUCCUAAUGCAUUUAGGACAGUUAGCUUACAAAACAUUAUUCAAUGAAACAAAAGAAAACACGCUAGUAUUUGAUGGAUCAAUUGCUAGAAAGAAUCUCAUACCAGACGAGAUUAAAUUCGCCCUUCACUCAGGAAUGUUGUCAGAAAGUACAUCUAAAUCACUAACAAAAAAGUUUAGUAAAGUAUCGUUUUCCCACAAGACCGUUCAGGAAUUCUUUGCCGCCAUAUUUGUAAGUUUUCACAGUGAACCUCAGCAAACUGUUGUAGGAAAAUGUAUAAAUGUUCAAGACAUUCUGGACAUGUCAAAAAUUUGUGAAUUUAUAAGUAAAAUGAAUGCUGUCCUGAUGUGUGCAAUAUCAAAUGAUUUGAUGUCUGUGAUAAAUGAAGACGAGAAAACACGCGAAUAUAGAACUAGGACAGGUGCCGAGAGCAUGUACAAUAAUCCAUUGUAUAGCAUACAGGAAAUGUUCAUGUCGUGUUUACAAGAAAUGCCUGAAAGUAAAAAUAUUCAAUUAUGUUUACAAGAUUUCUUCAUUGACGAGGACACUGACACAGUGAGCAGUUACAACGUUUGUUAAAACAAAAUAAAACCAACAUAAAAUCACUUUAUUUAAACAUCAAAAGAACUUCCAGCAGUUUACGUGAAAUUGUAGAUUUGUUCUCUCUCACAGAUCUCAGUCAUAUACAGAAACUUUUCUAUGAUGGUGACCGGGAGAAGGAAGCUUGGAUAAACCGCAUGUUGUUUCCAAGUUUACAGGUUGUAACUUUGGUGUCUGGUAAAUGGACAUAUGAUGAAGACAAUCUAAGUGAAAACAUAGCGCGAUGCCAAAACUUACAAUACUUAUAUAUUGACUAUUUCAUGUUAUCUCACAAAAUACUGGAAACAUUUUUCAAUUUUAUCUCCGGUCAAAAAUCAAUGAAAGAGUUAACAUUGGUGUGUUUAGAAUGUAAAGAACAUGGCGACCACGAUUGUAUGAGAUGGAACUUGAAUUUGUCUCUACAUUCAACUCUAUCAAAGUUGUACUUGGAGACGUUACCUGCGAGGCUACAAUUAAAUAUAUCAACACCGUCAUUAGUUAAUGUUAGGUUGUGGAAUAUCAAUCUUGAUGAAAGUUCAUUGUUACUGUCACGUGACAUGUUGAAUAUUGAAAGUUUGGAGUUGAAGUAUAUUGAAAUGUCUGCAGGAAAUUUACAUAACUUAACUACCGUGCUGGAAAAUCUGCCGCAGUCAGUUUCAGUAGAAAUGUACGGCAUUACACCGCAAGCUGAAUAUGAACGUUUUAGAAACAAUAUUCGGAGUUCACAAACUUUCCAUGUGACAGUAGACAGCAGGUCAAUGCAUUUGAAACCAGACGGCAAGUGGUACUUUGAGUUUAACACAAUAAAACCAAGCAAAGUAUAGAAAAGAACAAACGUUGUAAAAUAUAUUGAAGAGAUUACUUCAAUUAUUUUAAAUGAUUAAAACUAUUUAAAUAUGGACACAUAGAAAGAAAACGGCGGCUCUUCAAACUUCAGUUCAAUUUUCAUUCAGGACAAACAUGUACUCCCGUUUACAAUUAAUACAUUAAGUGAUUUAAGAUUAAAAAAACCUGAUAAUUCAUGGACGUUUUAACAAGUUUUAGGGAACUCAAUGGAUACAAAAAGUUGAUUAUGAUAUGGAUAUGUU